UAACACUACUACUCCAUCUUUUUACAUGCACCCUUUCAAAGUUCUCAUCUUUUCUCUUCAAAAUCUGUUUGUUCAUCUUCCAACAUUUCAUUUAGAAUUAACUUAAUAGACUACAAUAAAAAUGAAUGGUAAAAGGAGAAAGUUUCAUACUGAAGAAAACACUAAUUAUGGUGAUGAAACUGAUAAAGUGUACAAAUUUCAUGUUCUUCUACCAAAUGGAAUUACUGUUGAUGUGAUUAGAAGGAACCCAAAAGAUUCUAUGUCUUUAGAAUCAUUCAUACAUAAAGUUAAGGAAAAAUGCUUCAUUGUUUUGAGGCAAACACAGAGUUUGAAACCCAUGAGAAAGGUUUUAUGGGAUCAUAAGGAGUUGUAUUUACAAGAUAUUAAGGGUAAUCGGUACCGGAAUCAAAUAUGUUUUGAUAAGUUUAUGCCUAACAAAACUCAUAUUUUGACACUUUUUGAUGGUGCUCAUCACUCGAUUAAUACCUUCGAGAACAUGUGGGAUUUAACCCCAGAUACCGAUUUGUUGACCGAGCUCCCAGAUGAUUACACAUUUGAGACUGCCCUGGCUGAUUUGAUUGACAAUUCCUUGCAGGCAGUGUGGUCUAAUGGCAAAGGCGAAAGGAGGCUGAUAAGAGUUGAGGUUAACGAGGAUGAGGUUUCCAUAUUCGACUCUGGGCCUGGCAUGGACGGAAGUGAUGAGCAUUCAAUAGUGAAGUGGGGAAAAAUGGGUGCUUCCGUUCACCGAUCAUCCAAAAAACUUGCUAUUGGCGGAAGACCUCCGUUUCUCGUGCCUAACUUUGGGAUGUUUGGAUACGGUGGUACAAUUGCUUCUAUGCAUUUAGGAAGGCAUGCUGUAGUGUCUGCAAAAACCGAGGAGUCUAAGAAAGUUUAUUGGCUUCGUUUGGAGAGGGAAGCUUUACUUAAACGAUCUGGUUCUGAUCUUAACUGGAAGGCUGCUGGUGGAAUCCGAGAUCCAUCAGACACGGAGAAUGAAUUAUCCCCUCAUGGUAGUUUUACAAAGAUUGUCAUGAAGCCUAAGUUGAAACUACCCGAUAUAUACCAACUUCAGUGCAAACUCAAGGAUAUUUAUUUUCCUUACAUUCAGUGUGACGAGAUUUCAAAGUCAGGGAGGACUACAACAUUGGUGGACUUCCAGAUUAACGACACCAAUUUAGCUGAAAUUGAAGGUGGUGAAGUGGCAGUGACGAAUUUGAAUUCUUGUAAUGGCCCAGACUUUGUUAUUAACCUUCAUUUGUCUAUUGAAGAAGACAAGGAUGCAUCUAAAUCUUCAGGUGUAAAUGCUGUUUGUGAAGGAAACGCGCGCCUGAAGUGUGUUUACUUUCCCAUUACUGAGGGCAAGGAGAAUAUUGAAAGAAUUUUGGAAAAACUGAAUUCUGAUGGUUUUGUAAUUAAAGAAGACUUUACAACCUUCAGCCGUAUAUCCAUCAGGCGGUUGGGUCGUCUGCUUCCUGAAGCUCGCUGGGGGCUGCUACCUUUUAUGCAACCCAUUAAGAGGGGAGGCAAUGCUCACACAUUGAGGGAAUGCUCCUCAAGAGUCAAAUGCUUCAUCGAUACUGAUGCUGGUUUUAAUCCAAUACCUUCCAAGACUGAUCUAGCGCCUCAUCACCCUUUUACUAAAGCAUUGAAGGAUUUGGGGGCUGAAAUUUCUUCGAGAGAAAAGGUGGUUAAGGUUCAGAUUUCAAGAUGCGGAAAGGAAUUGACGUUGCAACGACUGGAAAGGGAGUAUCAAGAUUGGAUUCUCCAGAUGCAUAGUAAAUACGAUGACGAUUGCAACCUUGGUGUUGAUGAACCCGAUGUGAUUGUUGAUGCAUCUAACAUAGAAGAACUGGGCAUAUCAUCUGGUGCUUGGAGGGUUCAUAAAGCUAUCAGUCGGAAGGGAAAAUCUUGGAAUAGAGGACGAAAAGUAAAGAUUCUCAAAGGUGCAGGGCCUGGUUGUCAUAAGAACAACAUUUUUGCAACAUUAGAGUAUUUUUUACUCGAAGGCAUUGAAGAAAAUGUUGGCGGAGAGGCACGAGUUAUAUGCCGGCCACUUGGCGUUGAGGAUGGAGAUGGUAGUGUGCUCACAGUUUCAAACGAUUCUUGUCCAAACUUAAAACUUGGAAACUCUAUAUCUCUGCCCAUCAUGGUGAUAGAUUCGGGAAAGUGUACUGCUGUUAGUGACAAUGAAUGGAACAACCAACUUAACAAGCUGAGUCUGAAAGUUCCUUCAUCAAUUCAAAUAUUAGGAAAAGAACACUGCAAAUUCUUGGGUAUUGACGGGGCAUUACCUACAGAUGCUUCAGUUUAUGCUGGGUCACUACGUCCAUCAGAAGUCGUAGCUGUUCUACGGCCUUCAAAUUUUGUUCCAAGUCAUAGUGUUAAUGACUUGGAUCAAAAAUACAUUUUGAGGGACCAUUUUGAGAUGUCCCUGGAUUUAACAUUUAAGGCUGCAACUAGAAAAUCCACCAAGAUAGACCAAAUUUUUUCAGGAACUGUUACAAGUUCGUCAUGUAAAGGAUACCAUGGUUUGUAUAUAUUUUCAAUAAGCUCCAUCCUGGGUUUAUUUCAAAAAUCUGGGGUGUAUACAUUCUCCUUCCGAAUAAAAAAAUCUGCUGCGUCACAAUGUGCCAUUGAGUGUGAAAAAGUUGUAAAAGUCAAUGCGUCGCCGAAUGUCAAACGCUGGGAACUCUCAAAAAAUGACCACAAUGUGCCAUUGAGUGUGAGCGUAGGUUCUUCUUUCCCAUCAUUGUCAAUUGCACGAUAUGAUGGAUAUGACAAUAUCAUUCCAUUUAAAGUUACCCCAAAGAUAGAAUUCCAGUUGAUUUCCAACAGCAUUGUGCUUUCCCCAAAGAGAAGCACAAAGGUGGAACUUUCAAUAGAUAAGUCUCAUAUGAAAGUUUCGAAUACACGGAUAACUACUGAUAAAUUAGACAAUAUUCGCCCAAGUUAUGAAGCCACAUUGGCUUUGUCUCAGCCUAAUGAUAAAAAGCCAUUUUUAAGCAUUCCAUGUCAAGUUUUUCCUGGACCUCCACAUUUUGUCCGCUUCCAUAUGUCAGAGUCAGGCAAAGAAUUACUUCCCAAUGAGGUGGUUUACGACAUGAGACUGGAGGUGCUAGAUAGACAUCAUAAUCAUGUGCAAGGGGGCACAGAAAUAGAGCUUGACCUUUAUGGUUUCUCUUUCAUGGAUGAGAUUGGUCGAAAGCGAAAGGUUGAUGAUGAUGGCUUUAUUGAUCUUAAUGACCUUUUGAGGGUCACUGGAAGUUAUGGUAAUCCAGUGUCCCUUACCGUCAUUUCUAAUGAGAAGACCAUUGCUUACAAAAAGUUUCAAGUUGAAAUGCGUCAACUGAGGUUGGCGACAAUGGUCCCUGAAGUUUGUCAACCUGGGUCAACUCUAAAAGACCUAUCCUUUGAAGUUGUUGAUUCUAUCGGAACUGUUGAUACAACCGUACAUGAUUCAGAGAAAUACGCAUUUCACACACUUAGAAUAAUGUCAGACUUUGGAGGCGUUGAAUCGAUAAGAUAUGCCUUUAAGCACGGACGAUGCAUUAUUCCUUCAAUUACUCUUCCGUAUAAAGAUGGAUGUUUUUUCAUCAAGGCUUCUCACUCCCAUCACGCAGAACUACAGUUGAAGUUUCAGGUUAUAGAUUUCUUCAUAAGGCUCAUCUAUUCAUUUGCUCUUUACUUCAUUUUUAUUACGAUUGCAUCCCGCUUCACUUCGCAGAUUUCGGUCUCAAGUUCAUUUGUAGAGCCUCGUGCUACAUCUCAUGUCCAAGCUUCAAAACAGUAUUCCCUGAAUGAAAGUUUUGCUCCCCAUUCAGUUUCUGAUGCUCCAGGCGAGUUUCACGAAUUGGAGGCUACCAUUAUAAAUUCUCAAAGGGAACCGGACUGUGAUGUUGUGUUGCCCCUCCGAACUCAAAGUCUGAACCAUGGGGUUUCUGCUUCAGAUAUUAACUUUGUUCCCGCGACAGGAAAGGUUUCCCCGUUAGCAGAGUCAAAAGUGCAAAAGCAGUCUGCUCUUGCAGAAACUCCAGAGAAGUAUCAUCGAAAUUAUGGGUUUAACGAUGACAUAAUCGAUUCUCCGGUUGCUUUGAUCACUGGUGCUGAUACUUAUACUCCUGAGCGUGCAAUUAGUUUGACAGGACCCGACUUGUUGAUGGACUUUGAGAGCAUAGAAAAUGAUUUUUUCCGGAGUGCAUCUGAAAUAAAAUGUUUAGAAAAUGACUUGAAAUGGUGCGUCUUACACAAGGAGGAACUCGAAGAAAAUUUGACGCAGUUGCAAGCUUCCAAGGAACUGCUGCCAGCGCUAGAUCACAUCUCUCCGAAGGAAGUGGUGCUGGAUAAAAUAGAAAAGAAGGUUGAUUCAGCCGCGUCCAUAUACAGCAUUGCUUCAAGGAAUGUGCGACUAAAGAAUCAACACCUUGAAUUUAUCGCUGAUGUGGUUGGCUUAGUUGCCCUUCUUGCAACAGUUUCAACACCCGAACUUAGUCGUUCAUUGGCGGAGUAUUUAGGAGAAGAUCAAAUGCUAGCAAUCGUUUGCCAAUCCAAUGUCGCAUUGACUAUGCCAGAUAGGUAUAAAGACGUCCUCAUGUCCUUAGCCAGUGAGUUAGGGCAACGCAUCAAGCACCGUCAACAUAUUAUAUGUCUCGAGGACUUAAGUACAUAUGCUGGCGGUGUUCUAGAAACUGAUCCUCAAAGACGGUUGGCUUUACCAAAUCCGAUCUUACUAGAUGGAACGACCCCACAUGGCUUCUUAGGUUAUGCUGUCAAUUUAAUUGACAUUGUUGCUGAACAUCGUCAAACUAAGACAGUCACAGGGCAUGGACUACGCGAAACCUUAUUUUAUAGACUCUUCAGGGAGCUCCAAGUUUAUAAAACAAAUAUCGACAUGAUAUUAGCACGCGGGUGUAUCACCGAUGGAGCGAUAUCUCUAGACGGAGGUGCUAUACAUGGAAAGGGCAUAAUCAAUCUCCUAAACGGGGAAAUCGGUGUUUGUUUCCCUAUUGUUCUACGCGAUCCUGAAUUGGUUAUGGAGAAAAUGAAAUCGGACAUAGAUUUAGCAGAGAAAGCUAUCGACGUAAUCAGUCAACGUAGGAGUGCAAAGUUGAAGAUAUUCUACGAAAAGAAGGAUCAAUACACGAAGAUUAUCGAGGACAAAGAAAUAGUGCAAAAACUUAAACUACUCGAGAAUACUCGAAUGAGUUCGUCACCCUUCCUUUUGAAGCCAUGAUUAGUAGUUCUAGGGACCUUUUGGAGUAGUUUUUGAGCUUAAAUAUUUAUGUAUAUAGUAUCAGGAUACGAACAAGGAUUAGGAUAAGGGGUGCAUUUUGUGAAUAGCUUCAAAGUACAGAACAUAGGAAGCGCAUUCGUAUUCGACUAUUCGGUAUCCUGCUUUUUGGUGCACUGGGAAAGAACAUAAGGCAGCUUGUAAGUACAGAAGUAUGUAAUGUGUAUGGUGCAGUUCAGUCAUAGUUGAUCGAGUUAGAUAUGAUCAACCUGCUGGGUUAAACCCGAUUGAUGAUCGAUCAUUUUGACAGUUCAAGUCGUAACUAAGUCGUACAAUGUCAAAUGUUUAUACAUACAAAUCAUUGAUAUUGUCGCUAGCGGUUUUUUGUAUGUGAAGAACAAUGAAAAUGUUAUCGGUUCUGUUUGCUUUGUUUUUCCCCGUUGAAUUUCAUUUCUACAGGAUUAAAAAUCCUAAUAUUUGAUUUAUUUAAACAUAAUUUUGAACAAAAUUUGUAUUGUCGUUUUAUUGAGAAUCCUCCAUUUUUAAUAGUAAACACAAUCAAUCAUCCAAGGAUAUGGAAAACACAUUUUAAUUUAUGAACUUGAG